AUGGCUCCUGUCAGCGUUCUUGCCAGUAUCAAAAGUCUGUACACCAAGCAUCAGGAUGAGCCGUCCCUGUCGAUAAACACAGUCGCACUGCUCUCGGUCGCCCUUACUUUGCUUUAUGUGGUGCCUUUGUAUCUGUCACCGGCCACGCGGCCAUCUCCCAGCCUCAGCCGUGAUGCCCCAUCGGUGAUCCGCGCGCGCAUUCGCGUCGUCUCCGCCUCUUGCAUCCUGACUACACUGGUGGUCCUUUGGCUGGCUGUCAAUCAGGGGGGUUCUUCCCUAGGAGCUGCAGUGACCUUGAUGGGCUGGUGGCCUAUCAGCGUCGCCGAUAUCGCUCGCAGCCUGCUCCUGACUGCCAUUUUAUUCAUUGGCCCGCUCUAUGAGCGAGGAAUCGUCGAGGGAGAAUGGCGAUUCUGGUUCCGAUAUAGUAAACUCUCCGAAAGCCUAGGUGGCUGGAUUGGAUGGAGAAACUACAUCGCUGGACCCGUUACUGAGGAGAUCAUGUUUCGAUCCGGCAUCAUUCCAUUGCACCUGCUGGCCCAUGUCUCCCCGGGUUACAUUGUGUUUGUCUCGCCACUAUACUUUGGCAUUGCGCAUGUUCACCAUUUCUAUGAAUUCCGUCUCACUCACCCAGACACUCCCGCGCUGGCCGCUCUGCUGCGAUCGCUCUUCCAAUUUGGCUUCACGACCGUAUUUGGUUGGUAUGCCACUUUCAUCUAUCUGCGUACCUCCUCCUUGCUGGCCGUCAUCCUGAUUCACAGCUUCUGUAACUGGUGUGGAUUGCCACGCGUUUGGGGACGCGUGGAGGCUGGCAUCACUAUCAGUCCACCGAUGACCCGCGGCAAAGAAGACUCAGACGGUCAGUCAGCUAUUGUUGGCGAUCACCUGAACAUUGGUUGGACAAUUGCGUAUUAUCUGCUCUUGGUCGCGGGUGCUGUCACCUUUGCGCAAUGCCUGUGGCCUUUGACUAACUCGUACCACGCGUUGGUAACCUUCUCGUCCUCUGAAUCCACAAAAUGA